AAGCUCAUCAAGAUCUAUAAAAGGUACAAUCACACCCUACUCUGCGCCCUUGUGACGUCAAUACAUUGAUAAGUUUUGGGGAAUGGUCGGGGAGGGAGCAGAAAAAUAAGUCUGGACAUUGCUCUUGAAAACAUUUAUUGCAGACAACUUGUAUCUCGUCUUCACGUGAUCAUUUUGGUAGACCAACAAUUGGACCUGGCUAGCUGCAGUCUACUACCAAGAGAAUAAUAAAGUAUAUUAAUCUGUUACCCUCACAUAUCGAUGAUCAUGAAUGUAGAGAUAGUAAUAAACAUUACAGUUUUCCUUUCAGUACUAGUGUGUCUAGUGGUCUACGUAGUUAGAUACAUCAAAUCUCAGUACACGGUCUUCAGUAAACUUGGCAUACCAGGACCGAGACCAACCUUCUUGUUUGGCAACUCUUUGGAUUUCGCUAAUAAGUUUCCUAUGGAUGUCUUCCAAGCCUGGUCAGCACGAUAUGGGCACGUGUAUGGAUUUUACGAAGGUCUGAGACCGAGUGUGGUAGUUUCUUGUCCAGAUAUGGCGCAUCAGAUUCUUGUUAAGCAUUUCAAUAUUUUCUCUGCUCGACCGACAAUCAAUCCUUUCAAAUACGAGAGUCAAGGACUUAGUCUCCAGCACGUCAGUGGAGCUCUUUGGAAGAGGCAGCGUCAGGCGGUUAGUGCUGGGCUGACUACAAAAUCCAUAAAGCAGAUGUAUCCAGUGAUGUGUGACGUCACUUCCCAGUUGAUAAAACAUCUGCAGACGUCAACAGAAAAUUCGCCGGAUGGUUUCUACAUUGACGAUCUGAUAGAGAGAUACUCAUUGGAUUGGUUUGCCCAAGCUGCACUAGGUUACCAUAGUGAUGCACUGACCAAUGGAAACAGUAUCCAAUUACGCUUUAUGCGAGCUUCCCAUGAGUCCAUGUCGCCUAGCAACGCUAUUACAGGACUUGCAAAACUGUUCCCUUCAUUAACGCCACUUCUUAAACCACUGGACAAAACUCACAAGGAACUGUCCAGUUUACAGACCAGUGAAAUUAAACAUUUUCUCAGGACAUUGAUGACCAAUUGGACCAAAAGACCAGGAGAACACUGCCAAAAUAUCCUCUAUAACUUGCUGACCAGGAAGGUGGCUAAAGCAGAUGCUGAUGAGCCUACUGAUACAGGUGACGGAGAAACGCCUCAUGGUACUAGAAGUCGUUUGUGCGAGGAUGAAGUCGUUGGAGAAGUUGCAGGUUUGAUUGGGGGCGGAGUUGGACCCGUAUCGGCGACCUUGACCUUUUGCAUCUACAAUAUGGCUGUUUAUGAGGAGGAACAGAUGCGUUUACGAGAAGAACUGGAGUCAGUGACGCGUUGCAAGGACAAUGUGACCUUGGAAGAACUAGGGAGGCUGGACUACAUGGAGAGAUUUAUUCUGGAAACACUUCGUCUGUUUCCUGUUGCUCCUGGCGUGUCCAGAGAAUGUCUAGAAGACUGCUCUAUUCUUGGCGUCCAAUUCAAGAAAGGAAUGGUCGUUCGGGUGUUAGCAUCAACCAUGCACACCAGAGAGGAUUUGUUUCCUGACCACAAGGAUUUUAGACCACAUAGGUUUAUACCAGGAGCGUCGUCAAACAGAGACAAGGCGUACGGUGGUACUUCUCAUCCUAGAGGCUACCUCCCCUUUGGUUUAGGACCACGCAUGUGUGUAGGACAGAGGCUCGCCAUGGUCAGUUUGAAACUUGCCCUGGCCAGACUCCUGCAGGAAUAUGAUGUUACUAUCAGUCAUAGGACACAGAUACCCGUACAAGUUGAACUUCGACCUUUCAUCGUGGCCAAGAAUGGAGUCCAUAUCAAACUACUGACUCGACGAAAGAGUAGCUCCCCCUGUCGUUCUAGAGCAACACAUUGAGGUCCAUGUAUGAACAAAUCAUGUAGAUCUAAUCAUUUGUAGCCAUCAACCAUCGCUCAAUAUAUGAACUGAACAUUUAGCAAAUAAUUCAGAGAUUCUCACAUUUUUUUUUAUUUCAUAUACACAUACGAGCUAUCUGGCUUAUGCUUCACUCUCUUAUCUUUCAACAUCUCUCUUGUCUUUUCACCUUUUCUCUUAUAUCUUUAUACGUCUCUUUCUUAUCGAUAAAUUUCUCUCUCUCUCCCUGUCUCUCUCCCUCUCUCUCUAUCUCUCUCCCUCUCUCCCUCUGUCUCUCUCCCUCUGUCUCUCUCCCUCUCUCUCUGUCUCUCCCUCUCUCUGUCUGUCUCUCUCCCUCUCUCUCUCCCUCUCUCUCUCCCGAUUAACCUUCAUUUAUCUUUAAACAAAAAAUGUUUGUCAAUCUAUUACGUCUCUUGGUAAUUAAGAAUUAAAAUUCCUCAGAAUUUUGUUAUAUUUUAAGAAAUGUUAAGAAAUAAUUAAAAAAAAAACAACGAAAGACCAUCACAGAAU